AUGAGUCAUCUUGUGCAAGGUACCUCUGAAGCAUCCUUCAGUGGUCUCCGCGACUUACUGGGCAAACACAUCUCCGAGGGGGAUGAGGUUGGUGCCUCAAUCGUGGUCAAUAUAGACGGUCAGAACGUAGUCGACGUCUGGGGUGGCUACUUUGACAAAAGUGGUACUCGCAUCUGGGAUAAAGACACCAUUGUCAAUGUCUUCUCUACCACCAAGACCAUCACCAGCCUGGCAGCGCUCAUUCUCAUCGAUAGAGGACUCAUCAGCCCCUACGAGAAGGUAGCCACCUAUUGGCCUGCGUUUGCCGUCAAUGGCAAGCAAGAUAUUGAGAUCAGGCAUAUUAUCUCUCACACUUCAGGUGUUCCGGGAUGGGAGCAGCCAGUCACGCUGAAUGACGUCUGCAAUUUCGACAAAGCAGUCUCCUUGCUGGCCUCCCAGCCGCCCUGGUGGACUCCGGGAACUGCUUCUGGCUAUCAUUCCUUCACCCACGGGUUUUUGAUCGGCCAGGUAAUUCGCAAGGUCACAGGAAGGACACUGAAAGAUUUCAUUCGAGAUGAAAUUGCCAAACCACUUGACGCUGAUUUCCAGCUGGGGGUUGUCGACUCUGACUUGCACCGCGUCUCCGACCUCAUUCCCUGGGCCGCAGUCCUGGACAACGACUCCAAUGUUGAUCCCGACUACAUCGCUGCCCGGGUCAGGAAUAACCCCAAAUUUACACCCGACAUGGCUAAUACCACCAUGUGGCGACAAGCUGAGCUAGGGGCGUCAAAUGGCCAUGGCAAUGCUCGAUCUAUUGCAAAGAUCCUCUCGACAAUUUCUCUCGGAGGUUGUGUUGACGGGAAACGCCUUCUGAAGCCAGCAACGAUCGACUUGAUCUUUCAAGAGAUGUCGAACGGAAUAGACCUGGUGACUAACAUGCCGGUGCGGUUUGGAAUCGGAUACGGAAUGACUGGGGAAGGAGUGGUCCCUUCUUGGCUUCCUAAAGGAAGGAUAUGCUUUUGGAGCGGCCUUGGGGGUUCAGUGGCCAUUAUGGAUUUGGACAGGAAGAUGACUAUUGUCUAUGUCAUGAAUAAGCUGUACCCAGUCGGGUUAGGAUCAGACCUGACGAUUGAGUACGUGAAAGAGAUCUACAGGGCGGUUGGGGUGUCUGGACUUGAGUAG